UUCGAUUUGUACCAAAAUGGCGAAUGUUGCUGCACUCUUCAGAAUAAUGACACCAGAAAUGGGUUGAAUUGGGGACCUUCUAGUUGAAAUGGUGGAUGUAAAUAAUGUGGAUAAUGGCCUUGGAUUUGGCCACAAUGAUUUCCACCAUCAUAUCGUGGACGCUUCCAAUGAAAUCGCUUUCCUCAGUGAUGACGAGACCGAUAUUCCGUUUUUCACCCGGGUGGAAUCUGAUCAAAUAAUUUAUCAACCCAGGAAAAAGAGGGCAAAGUUGAUUGGAAAAUAUCUCUUAGGAGAUGUGCUUGGGGAAGGGUCUUAUGCUAAGGUCAAAGAGGUGCUAGAUACAGAGACAUUGCGUAGGCUAGCUGUCAAAAUAUUGAAAAAAAAGAAGCUGCGGAAAAUCCCGAAUGGAGAACAGAAUGUUCAAAGAGAAAUCCGGCUGCUGAAGAGAUUAUCUCAUAAACAUGUGAUAGAGUUGGUUGAUGUUCUAUACAACGAGGAGAAGCAGAAGAUGUACAUGGUGAUGGAGAUAUGUGUGGCUGUUCUUCAGGAUAUGUUGGACAGUGUACCUGAAAAAAAGUUUCCAUUGUGGCAAGCACAUGAUUACUUCUUACAGCUGAUAGCUGGUCUUGAAUACUUACACAGUCAGGGUAUUGUGCAUAAAGAUAUCAAACCAGGAAAUCUGCUGCUUACUACUGAUGAGACAUUGAAAAUUUCAGACCUAGGUGUUGCAGAGGCUUUAGACAUGUUUCAAGUUGAUGACACUUGUAAGACAAGCCAGGGGUCCCCCGCCUUCCAGCCACCAGAGAUUGCUAAUGGUGACUCAUAUUUUGCUGGUUUCAAGGUGGAUGUAUGGUCGGCUGGUGUCACAUUGUAUAACUUUAUCACUGGAAAGUAUCCAUUUCAAGGUGAAAAUAUUUACAAGCUGUUUGAAAGCAUAGGAAAAGGGGAUUAUGAAAUACCACCAGAGGUUGGAGAGCUUUUGGCUUCAUUGCUCAGAGGAAUGUUAGCAUAUAACCCUAAGAAGCGGAUGACUAUUCAGCAGAUAAAAGAACAUGACUGGUUUAGAAAGGAACAUGAGCCGACAUCGGAAUUUGUCCCGCUAAAUUACCGUCCGUCCGAGGAACACCCUGGGAGUGAGGUUUGUGGAAUGACUGUGAUACCGUAUGUGGAAGACUUGCAUCGAUGUUCAACCCCGAGUGAUGAAGAUUGGGAAGAGGAGGAUUAUUAUGUGGAGCGGCAGGAAGGUGAAGGCGAUGUGAUCACAAUGGAGGAUGAAACAGUUAAGCGAGAGCGAGUAGGAAGUGUCAAAAAAGAGAAGAAGAGUCGUAUAGCUGUUAGGAAAUUCAGUUUGAACCUCUGCAAACAAUCUUGACCCGGGUUAGGGUCUAGACUGAGACUCAGUGUUGUGCUGAUUCACAGUGUGUCACUAUAUGACAGUCAGAUUCACUGAAGGCCAAGCUUAAACUGUUGAGCAUUGGUGGUAAUAUUUCUUGGUUUGAUUAGUUUGAAAUCAAUUUGGGGACUAAUCCUAGCUGGGCAAAACAAAUCCAGACAAAAAUCUAUUUGACCAUAUCACAGUGUUAGUCAUCUUUCCUGAGACAUAGCACACUUUUAUCUCUUUAAUAGUGUCCACUUUUCGAUAUCAUUUGAUCGAACAGAACAAGUCAUUUUUGAGAGUGUGUUUGAAACAGAUAACCAGAGGAUGAAGUAUUACCAUCAACUUUGACGUUUUAUGGCUUAAGAGAUGUAUAUGUGUCAGGUGAUCAGUUUGACCAUAUUGUUACCCUUUUCCCUUGUUAGUGACUGUUGAUUGUGUGUAAAACUGGUACUUGUAUAGGGCAGCCGGGAUGCUCUGAGCCAGUGGACUAUGUAUCAUAUAAUCUUCAGUAUAACUUUAUGGGGAUCCAUGUAUAAUUGAAAAUGUUUGCACAAUUUUGAUUGAUAAUAGCGCCUCUCCCAGUCGGAUGUCAUUGGGGUUGGUUUGUUUUUCAUUUCAUGGUAAUUCAGUUCUUCUGCUACAGGUGACAGAUUAUGCUUUGUUAGGUUCGCUUUAUUGAGUGAAGUUACAUCAUAUCAUGCAGUGACCUAAACACCCUAGUAAGAUCUGUGCCAAAGAACUUGUAAUCAUCACCCUCAUCUGGAUAACUUGCACAUUUAGUUGGUGUAAGCUGUUUGUUGAAUUUUGUGUUUAGUGUUUACAGUUCUAGCAAUCUUUCAGGACGGCACUAAAAUUGAGGUCUGAUAAUAUUAAUUUGUUGAUUGAAAUUACAUACAUGCAAGUUAGGUAAUUGAAGUUGUCAGAUGCAAAUAUUAAUGACAAAACCUGUUCUCUCAUUUACCAUGUCCCCUCUGUCUUGUAAUGUAUUUGCAUAGCUACAUUCCGAUAAUGCACAAUGCGUGUAUAUCAGAUUUUCAGAUUACUCCAGUGUCGUAUUAUACCUAACUAUACAUGUAUAUUAGAUAGAUUGCAUGUUUUGGAGGUGAAAAGGAAACAUUGUGCAGGUUUUUACUUUUGUGUUUCAUACAGAGACCCAACAUCUGGCAUGUGUAUUAUGGUUUAACACCAUAGAGUAGACUGCCUUUCUAAUUCUUAAGAGACCUUUCAAUAAAAUUCUGUCUGCCAUUUUGUACUUGUAACUGUGUUCUUCUGUCAUUUAUCCAAUAUGAUUACCCAAGUUGUUGCAUUUGAUAAUGAUUUUAUUGUUGAAACUGUUCUGUUUUUGUUUAAAAGCUGUCCUAGAUUUCAGAGUGUGUUAGUCACUCAAGCUUUGGUUUCCAAUGGGUUUCCAGGAAAAAGUUAAGUUUGUGACACUGACUGGUCUAGAAAAUGAGUAGUUAAGUUAUACACUUCCUGUAUUGAUAAAUAAGAACUGACCUAGAGUGAUUCAGGCAGAGACCUAUAUUUCCUUUACACAGUAGGCCUAUUCUUUACCAAAAUGAUGACUGCUUACUUAUAGGCCAGGUCUUCCUUACCUGCAGUCACGGGGAAAUCACGGAAACCAAGGUUGUUUCUUUAAUGUGUAUCUGUAGUGCUGCACCCUCCGAAAAGAAACACUGGUUGCACUGGUCUGUACAUUAGUGCCACCUCAACAGUCACUCGCACUACUCGGUUUCCCAGUUGGGCAUUAUAAAAUGGAUGUGUCUUAUAAGUAAGUUGAAAAGUUAUUGUUUCUCUUGACAAGUCAUGAACUUGGUGCAGUCCUUGACUUUGUGGAGGAGAAUUGUUGUAAAUAAUUGAAUGUUAUUACACUGUAUGUUCUGUAUAAAAAUACUUUUUCGGCUAUAGAUAGUAGAACAAUAAUUGAUGACAUUUAUUUGUAAUGCAGUAAUGUUUGUUUACAUCGGAUGAGACUGCAGCAGAGGUGAAUUCCUGAGAACAAGUUCGUUAGAAUUAUCAGAUAUUUGAAUAUAUCACAUACAUGUACAUGUAUAAGUUUAUCAAUCGCUCUCCUCUUUUUCCGGUGCACUUUUGCGAAGUUGGAUGGUGAUAAACUGAAGUUCUUUUAACUAUCAGACCGUGGUAAAAGUUUCCUUCACACCAGUGGACAUGUAUUCGCUGUGAUCUUGCCUUGCUGCUGUACGAUAGGAGGAAAUAUGGAAAACAUGACCAUCUGCAGUGACUGUGUUGACUGGACUUGUAACAGUGUGCAAAGGUGUUUAGAGUGCUGUUCUUCUCACUGUAGGAGUUAAUACAUGUACAUGUAAACUAUACACAGUGGACAUGCAUGUCAUAGGCAUACAUUGCUAUGCAGAGAGGAACAUAAAGUCUGUGUUCAAUUGAUUGAUGAGAGAAUGUAAUUUUUUGACGGAGGUAGUUGUAUUAGAAAGCUUACUGCAUUUUUUAGAGGUAAUUUUUGAUGUGCCCAUGUACAAGUUUUGUGAUUAGAAAAUCAGUUCCUUGACUUGCUUGUCUUAAGCUAGGGUUAUGUAUCUGAGAAAUGAGCUUAGAAAGUGUAAAGAUGCAGAUAACUUUGGUAACAAAUUGCAUGCCUUGUCAUCGUUCAACGAGAUAACAGGAGGAAGGAUAUUUUAUCAUCUUUGUCACUAUCAGUGAAAAAAACAACGAAUUAGUCAUUUCUCUUUGAUAUAAAUCUAUCUUGAGGUGCAGUAAGGUUUGUGCUGUGAAUUGAGCUUUGGCAGCAUCAUAUUGAAUAAAUACAAUGAGCACUAGGUGGCUCAUCUUAU